AUGAAUCGGUGUGAGAAGACAGAGGAGGGAGUCCCUCGCUCUGAAACCACUCUGUCACGGGAAAAUGGAAGCCAGAACGAAGCUCAGAGUGGUGGACAGUCAGAGGGCUCCACUGGUCACUCUGUCCAGCAGCAUGCAGUCGACCUGGACUCAUUGUUUAUGCAUCUUGAGGAGAACAUUGUCAUGUUUGUGAAGAAAGAACUGAAGAAACUGCAGACAAUUCUGAGUCCACAUUACCCAGAAUGCUUAGAGAAGCAGAAUAAGGAUGAGGAAGUGGUGGACAAUGAAGAGAAACAGGAGAGGAGCAACAGCCAGCAAGCUUUUCUGAAUAUCACUCUGCACUUCCUGAGGAAAAUGAAGCACAAGGAGUUAGCUGACCGUCUGCAGAUCAGAACUACUGCUCCAGCUUGUCAACUCAAAUCUAACCUGAAGAAGAAGUUCCAGUGUGUGUUUGAGGGGCUCGCUAAAGCAGGAAAUCCAGCUUUUCUGAAUGAGAUCUACACAGAGCUGUACAUUACAGAGGGAGGGACUGCAGAGGUCAAUGAGGAACAUGAGGUCAGACAGAUUGAAGCAGCAUCCAGGAGACUGCUGGGAAGCAGAGAGGGAGGAGAGCUGCCCAGCACCCUGACUGAGAUGUACAUCCACUACCUGGUGCUUCAGGCCAAAGUCAAGAAGGUCAAGUAUGAAGGAGGAGCUGGGACAGAUCCACACUGGAGUCCAGGCAGCAGGAAGAUGAUUAAGUCUCUGGGAAAACUGGCUUUUGAGCAGCUGCAGAACGGAAACCUGAUCUUCUAUGAGUCCGACCUGACAGAGUGUGGCAUGGAUGUGAGAGCAGCCUCAGUGUACUCAGGAGUGUUCACACAGAUCUUUAGAGAGGAGAGAGGGCUGUACCAGGACAAGGUGUUCUGCUUCGUCCAUCUGAGCGUUCAGGAGUUUCUAGCUGCUCUUCAUGUCCAUCUGAUAUUCACCAACAAUGGUAUCAAUCUGCUGACAAAACCACCAACCUCCCUGAGGUCCAACCGAUCGAGAAAGAAACCUGAUCCAACGCUAUUCUACAGAAGAGCUGUGGAUGAGGCCUUACAGAGUCCAAAUGGACAUCUGGACUUGUUCCUCCGCUUCCUCCUGGGUCUUUCACUGCCAAUCAAUCAGACUCUCUUACAAGGUCUGCUGACAUACUCGAGAAAUGGGUCACAGACCAAUGAGGAAACAGCUGAGCACAUCAAGUCAAAGAUCAGAGAGAAUCCAUCUCCAGAGAGAAGCAUCAACCUGUUCCACUGUCUGAAUGAACUGAAGGACCAAUCUCUGGAGCAGGAGAUCCAACAGCACCUGAGAUCAGGAUGUCUCUCCACAGAUAAACUGUCUCCUAGUCAGUGGUCAGCUCUGGUCUUCAUCUUACUGUCAUCAGAAAAAGAUCUGGAUGUGUUUGACCUGAAGAAAUACUCUGGUUCAGAGGAGGCUCUUCUGAGCCUGCUGCCAGUGAUUAAAGCCUCCAACAAAGCUCUAUUGAGUGGCUGUGAUCUCUCAGAGAGAAGCUGUGAAGCUCUGUCCUCAGUCUUCAGCUGUCCAUCCUGCAGUCUGAGAGACCUGGAUCUCAGUAACAAUGACCUGCAGGAUUCAGGACUGAAACUGCUCUCUUCUGGACUGAAGAGUCCACACUGUACACUUGGGACGCUAAGGCUUGGAGGCUGUAACCUGUCAGCGAGCAGCUGUGCAGCUCUGUCCUCAGUCCUCAGCUCCCCGUCCUCCAGUCUGACAGAACUGGACCUGAGCAACAACAGCCUGCAGGAUUAUGGAGUCAAGCUGCUUUCUGUUGGACUGGAGAGUCCAAACUGCACACUGGAGACGCUCAGGUUGAGCAGAAUCAGGGUCACACAGGCAUGCUGUCAUGACAUCUCAAAAGUCCUCAGCUCCCAGUCCUGUAGCCUAAAAGACCUGGACCUGAGCAACAAUGACUUGCAGGAUUCAGGCGUGAAACUGCUCUCUGAUGGACUGAAGAAUCCACACUGUGCCCUGGAGGCUUUAAGACUCCUAGGAUGUCUUGUCACAGUAGAAGGCUGCAUUUCUCUGGUGUCAGCUCUGAGAUCCAACCCCUCCCAUCUGAAAGAACUGGACCUGAGCUACAAUCAUCCAGGAGAUUCAGGAGUGACGCUGCUGUUAGCUGCAGUGAAGGAGCCACACAACAGACUGGACACCCUCAGGGUGGAACAUAUCGGAGAGCAUCGGCUGAAACCGGGUCUGAGGAAGUAUGCCUGUGAACUCACACUGGACACAAAUACAGCGAACAGAAAGCUCCGACUGUCUGACAACAGCAGGACGGUGACGUCGGUGAAGAAGCAGCAGCCAUACCCUGAUCAUCCAGAGAGGUUUGAGUUCUGGCCUCAGCUGCUGUGUAGAGAUGCUUUGACAGGUCGCUGUUACUGGGAGAUGACGUGGGGAGGAAGAGUCAGCAUAUCAGUGACUUACAGAGGAAUCAGCAGGAGAAGAGACAAUGACGAGUCCUGGUUGGGACGAAACAAACAGUCGUGGAGUCUGAUCUGCUCUGACGUGGACGGCUACUCUGUCUGGCACAACAAGAGAAGAACAGUCCUCCCUCCUGCUUCCAUCUCUCACAGAGUGGCGGUGUAUGUGGACUGUCCUGCUGGAGUUCUGUCCUUCUACAGCGUCUCCUCCGACACACUGACCCACCUUCACACCUUCCACACCACAUUCACUGAGCCUCUGUAUCCUGGCUUCGGCUUUGCCUUCGGCUGGCCUGGUUCUUCAGUGUCUCUCUCUGGAGCCUUUUACACUGACAGCGGCGCUGAUUCGCGGGAACUUUCCGCCUCCGUUCACACACUGUCUGCGCCGCUCCGACCCACAGCUGCUCCGCCCUGUUCACCGGGACACACGCCGAACGCACAGCACGACCCGGACCCGACCGGACCGCCUGCAGCUCGGAUCAGACCGGCUCAGAGUGACUGUGGUGUCAUGGAGCUGUUUCCUGUCUCUGGUUCUGGCUCAGAUUCGGGUCAAGUUCUGGCUCAGGAUCAGAGUUUCCUCGGCAUGAGGACGUCCUGCCGCGUCGUGUCCUCGGUCAGGAGCUUCCUCCUCAGCGCCCAGCAACAAUCAGAGAGGAAACAGGACGAGCCUGAGACAAUGCAGGCAGCUCCGAGGAGGCCGAGGGCAGCUNUGGAUGCAGUGUUUGAGGAGAAAGUCGGGUAG